CGUUUUCAGAAGUAGAAUGAUGUCGACACGGAUCUCGACUUUCUUCCUCAACAGAAACCUGCGACCAAGGCGACUAGAACAAUUUUACAGUGUUCUACAGUCGUCCAUUGACGAAACAAAUUCAGAGGUUGUGGACACGCCGCGAGCAGAGCGAACUUAUGUUGAGAUGAAUGACAACAAUUCAAUUUUAAACUUUGUAAAUAAAAUGAAGAAAGCUGAUUCCUCAAUUCUCUGUAGUAAUGUGAUAAAACUAGCAAAACUUAACCCAGAGCAGGAACAGAAAGUUGAGCUGAAGCAAGAUAAACGGUUCUCCUUCAUACUCAGACAUUUAGAACAAGAUGUCAGAGGAGUAGAUCCAUUAGCUCUUAUUAGCUGUCUUAAAGCACUGAAGAUGCUUGAAAUAGCUGAAGAUAGUUUUGUAAUGAAGAAUCUAGAGAAUGCCUUAGUUUGGAGAUCCAGGAGUGCUUCUAUUAAAGGAAAACACUGAGUUAUACUUUCUUAAUUAACGCAAU